AUUAUUUGAUGCUAAAGUGCAACUGGCAACUGCGAUAAAUCGUAGGCGCUUUUCUCUAAAUCUGUUUUAAUUUUGUGUCGGUACUCUCCAAGAAGCUCGCUAAUGUUGCUCACUUGCUAGCAAUUCCCGUAACGACAGUGAACGACAUAUUUGUUGUCAUUGACACAUUUAUUUGUGUCCGGGUGUCAGUUAAUGUGCAACAUUUAAAGCUUUUGGAAACUUUGAGAUGACCAUCUGCCUUUUCUAAUAACCCGGUUAUGGACGACGCAUGGCAUUCACAUCGCUGCAAGGCCAGGCGAAGACAGCUAGAUAGGUUACCUGUCGAGUUUAAGCGUUUGAUGCAUAUUUGUAAUCCAUAGGUUUUAGGAUUUGCUGGCACCCUGGGUAUUUUGUGUCAUGAUGGCGGAUGACAACAAACCGAUCCAUGAGCUAAGGUUUGAUGCUGCAGUAGAAGUCAUUCAGAGUUUGCCUCCAAAUGGUUCUGUUCAGCCUUCCGAUGAAAUGAUGCUCAAAUUCUACAGUUACUAUAAUCAAGCCACACAAGGACCCUGUGACAUCCCAAAGCCUGGAUUCUGGGACCCUGUAGGUAAAGUCAAAUGGGAAGCAUGGAACGACUUAGGAGACAUGCCAAAGGAGGAAGCCAUGAUCGCCUACGUUGAUGAAGUGAAGCUGAUUCUGGAGAGCAUGCCGGUGACGGACGAGGUGGAGAGGCUGCUGCAGGUUCUGGGGCCCUUCUACGAAAUGGUGGAUGAGAGUAAGAAAAUCAGCAAGGUUUCUGACCUGUCUGCAGGAUUUGGAGGUAUGCUGACAGCCUCUUCAAAAAGUAUGACUAAAAGCAUCAUUAGGACAAUGACUCAGAAUGGCACUUUGAAGAGCAGCUGCAAAAGACCCGAACUAGAAAGCAACACAUUCAUGAACGAGGAAGAGGAAGUGGAGGAUGAAGAUGAAGAAGAUGAGGAACAGGAAGAGGAAGAGGAGGAACAGAUAGAGAAAGGAAAAGAACUUCCAGCCUUGAAGCUGAAGACGGAAGGCUUGGCAGGAAAGCCUGAGCUCCCCUUGACAAAUGGCAACAUGGAGCACAGAGGCUCACCCCUGACCAAUGGCAAUCACGGCUCUAAGUCAGCCCUCAACGGCGAACAGCCCCAUGGGGAGCUAGUGGACACUACACAUACUCUGGAGACCACUGAACUCAACGGCCAUCUCAGUGAUCACAACGAGGAGGUGUCCAGCCUGCAUCACCUGGCCAGCGAUUCUGACAGCGAGGUGUACUGUGACUCUGUGGACCAGUUUGGUACGGAGGAGGGUUCUGAGGUGCUCAGCAACCACUCCCUGGAUACGGACGCGGGGGUCCGCGUCGACCACCGCGCUAAGCGUCGGGUUCAGAGAGGGAGGGGGCUCGGAGAGACGGACGAUCCGCAGGGUGGUCCGGGAGGAGUUCAGCUUGGAGGAGAGGAUGGGGAGUCCCGCAGGAACGCUCCUCGGAGAGACAGAACAAAUGCAGACAGACCUCAUGGGUCCUCGGCCAGUGGAGGGCGGGGCUCCAGGUACCCAGCGCUGGGAUCGAGGGCCCAGGGGGUGCUGCUGGGCAGCGCAGGAGAUGGGGAGCGCCGGGGGUCAGAGGGCGGCUCCAGCAGCAGCCUAAAUGAGCAGAUUGUCACGGCGCUGGCACGGCUGCAGGAGGACAUGCAGAGCGUGCUGCAGAGGCUGCAAACCCUGGAGGCCCUUACUGCCUCGCAGGCAAGGUCAUUAACUCUGCAACCAUAUUACCCAUCACCCCCUGCGAGUAAGGCAAUUAAGAAGCCAUCGUGGUGGCCUUUUGACAUCUCCCCUGGCACUGUGGUCUUUGCCAUGGUCUGGCCCUUUGUGGUGCAGUGGCUGAUACGCAUCUGCCUACAGAGAAGGAGAAGGAAAAUAAACUGAUGGCUGAUUGUCCCUUGUGGUGAAAGACCAAAUACUACGAUGAGGGCACUUGCAGUCCAUAGUUUUGUUUUUGCAUUUUUGUGUGUCUACAACUCGCUUUUGCACAAUAAUGAUGCCACUGUUAGUAAAAAAAAAAAUGCUUCCUAGCAUUUGCUGAUGCUAUAAAUGGUUAAAUCAUUCAAAAAAGAAAUGUGAAUGUACGAAAUGGCAACUUUGAUCAUGAAAUGUUUUUAUAUAAUUGCUGUCAGCAGUGGCAGUACACGAGUAGUAUUAACUUAUGAAGUAUAGGAAAUGGUUGUGUAUGGAUGAAUAUUUUUGUUUACGGUUUGAUUGUAGUACAAUUUUUGCUUCUGUUCACUUGUCUUUUAGUUUGAGGUGUAAACUGAAUCUGUGAAAUGGUAUGCAGAUAUCAUGUAUUACACCAUUAGGUUCAAAGCGCAUUAAGAUUCUACUCACAGAACGCAACCAACGCAACCCUUAGUAACAGGUAGCUAUUAAAACCAUGUACCAUAGAAAGAAAUGGUAGAAGAAAUAGCUGCCAAAGUACAAUAGAUCUGCAGUUAAAUUCCAGGCUGCUUUGAUAUAAAUGCAUUUUAUUUGCAAAUAAGAGAUGUAGGGUGAGUGGUCUGUCAUAGAGCGUAUAAUUAAACUGUAAUACAGGCUUGGGUUUGUAUUCCCAGUAGCUGCUAAAGGGAUUUAUUCUAAGUGAUGUGUAUGUUCAACUUUUUUUUUUACAAUAGCUGUGGCAAGUCUCCUCUGGGAAUCUUUUUCUCAGCGUAUGUAGCUUAAUUUAAACAGUCUAUUCACAUUUUCAUUUCCUCAUGACAUUGCACCACUGAUGUUUAAGCUGACAACAAAGAAAUGCUAACAAGACAAAGUCUUGUAAGUACAAAGCAGGAUCCACUUGGAACCCUUUCCAAACGGUUUCAUGGAAGCAGGUAGACUGAAAUGGUGACUAAUAAGUCCAAGAAGAUCAGACCCAAGCAGCACAACUGAAGCGACUUCCAAAUGAAAUGCACUGGACUCUAAGCCAAAAUGUAUGUAUGAUAUACAUGGCCACCCCAUACUGUGGUACGCAGUUAUUUCAGUCCUGAAACGUCAGAUGCCAGAUCUGUAUGUCUAAAACUCAGUUUCCUUCCUAGAUUUUUGGUACAGUUUCCAAAGCGAUAUUGAUCAAACAAAUGUCUGUGGAAAUGUCAAUUGUGGUGGACCAAAGAAGAUGUACAGAUUCCAAUCUGUUUUUUUGCACUUUACCGGUUUAAACCAGUAAAUUAUAAUAAUCCUUUUGUCUUUUAGUUACUAGAUGUUAAUGGUUGUCCAGACAAGAUAAAGAUAGAAUGAAUGUGUAAUAUUUUAAUUACUCUAUUGAAUUAUUUAAAACUGAACUGUAUUUUCAAUGAAACUGUAAUAUAAAGUUUGCUUUUGCAAUAGAACUGAUUGUACAGCUAUAGAUGACUUUUCUUAAUGCAUUUACUAUCUUUCUAAAUAAAGCUCAGCUUUCCCACUUUUUUCCUGGCCUCAAACAGGCCGCUGUGUGAAUAUUACAAAUAAUGUGAAGCAUGAAUAAAGUUUUUCUAAAGCCUUU